GAUAUAUGCCCAGAAGUGGGAUUGCUGGAUCUUUCAGUGGGAUUGCUUCAUCAUUUUAAAGAUGGGGAAACAGAGGCCCAGAGGAGGGAAGAAACAAACCCAGGGAACGAGAUUGAGGCACUGUGCUGGCAGGAGCAGGAAGACCUGCUGUCAGAGUCCGGGACGUGCACUGGGGCGAAGUGAGUUAGCCCACCACGCUGACCGUAAGCCCUGAGGCUUUGCCUCUUGCUGGCGCCAGGAUCUCUGCAGCUUGUGGCCAAGAGCGUAGAUGCUGGAGUCAGACUUUCUGGACCUGUAAUCACUGUAGGCCUCAAUUUUCUCAUCCGUAAAACAGGAACUUCUGACACACGCUACAACUAGGAUGAGCCUUGAAGACUUUAUGCUCAGUGAGAUGAGCUUGGGCCUGGGGGCCCCCUGAGCCCCCACCCCCCGCCUCCCCCAGGGGGACCAUGCGGAGCCCCCACCCAGCCCGCAGACCCGCCGGGCGUCCGUGAUUGCACCCAAGUGCGCGGCCCCAGCGCCAAUGGGGAGCUACCAGGGGGACGGGCCGCACUGCUGCUCCUCAGACCCAGCGCUGGGCUUGCUAUGUUCCGUAUCCCUUGCUUUGCGAGGCUGGUCCACCCCCGCCAUGGGCCUGGAGCUCUACCUGGACCUGCUGUCCCAACCCUGCCGCGCCGUCUACAUCUUCGCCAAGAAGAACGGCAUCCCCUUCGAGCUGUGCUCCGUGGACCUGCGCAAAGUGUGGCCAUCCUGCUCUACCUGGCCCGCAAGUAUAAGGUCCCUGACCACUAGUACCCCCAGGACCACACAAGCCUGUGCCCAUGUGGAUGAGUACCUGGCCUGGCAGCACACAACCCUGCAGAGAAACUGCCUCCGGCUCCUGUGGCAUAAGGUGAUGCUCCCUGUUUACCUGGGUGAGCCGGUCUCUCCCGAGAUGCUGACAGCCAUGCUGGCAGAGUUGGACAUGACCCUGCAGGUGUUUGAGGACAAGUUCCUCCAGAACAAGGCCUUUCUCGCUGGGCCCCACAUCUCUCUGGCUGACCUGUUAGCCAUCACGGAGCUCAUGCAUCCUGUGGGUGCCGGCUGCCAAGUCUUUGAAGGCCGACCCAAGCUGGCUGCGUGGCACCAGCGCGUGGAGGCGGCAGUGGGGGAGGUCCUCUUCCAGGAGGCCCAUGAGGUCAUCCUGAAGGCCAAGGACUCCCAGCCUGCAGACCCCACCAUUAAGCGGAAGUUGAUGUCUAGGGUUCUGUCCAUGAUCCAGUGAGCCAGGAAGCCUCUGCUCUGCCCUUGGCAGUUCACAAAGCACCUUCCUUUCCAUGUCCCAUGGGAGGCAGACCCAGAGAGCAGGCGUGACUUGCCUGAGUCCCACUGCCCCUCUGCUCCCUGGGCCAGGUCCCCACUCAUCUUCCACAGCUGCCUAAAAGCCACGAUGAGAAUGGCAUACCCAGACCUUGUCUCCUUUAAUCACUGCAUCUUCUUUUCAGUUUGGGAAAUAAACCUGGGCUCAGCCUGAGCCUCUGCUU